CGAAGGCAGAAGUUAUUUAUUGACUCUCAGCUGUCUACUGCUCAAUGAAUACCAGCACCACUGCAAUGUCGAUGAAGUUCUCGUUGAUUUUAAUCACCGUCAUCUUUGCCUGGCUACUGAAUGGCCACCAGACCCAUGCUGUGCGAGAAUCGGCUUCCAACGUUAACCGAAGAUUUUAUGGGCGUCCUUUAUUUCCUGGGCGGUAUCCUACCGUCGAUAUUCUUGGGGAUGAUGAAGAUAUUACAGAGCUUAAUAAAAGGCAAUUGUCAGACGACUAUGGUCACAUGAGGUUUGGAAAGCGAGAGCAGUUUGAUGACUAUGGGCACAUGCGAUUCGGUAGAAAUCACGACUGAAUGUUAUAAGUUCAGCGUCAAGCCGUUAUAAUUAACAUCUUCGUUCAAUGUGUGUUUUCCUUAUUUAAGAUCGUUUACUGUCAGUUGGACGUAUAGUUAAAAUAAUUAUAAUAUAAUUCCUAGUCGUAAAUAUAUUACCAAUUGAAUAUACAUGUUAUCACGAUGCCUCAUGUACCGCAGUGAAAUAAAUAAUUGUGAUUAAACAAGCUAUAUAAGAAUAUGUUUGAAAAUGAAUUAUUUCAAACCGAAU